CAGAGAAACGGGACAUCGAUCUGGACACUUCAUCGAAAACAAACGCGGGGCACAAGGGGAAAUAGCUCGGAGAGAGGCAAUCGUGGAUACCAUGAAGGCACGAGAGCAUCUGGAGCACCUAAUCAAUGGAGAGCAGGCUGAGGCUGAAAGGAGUAGUCUUCUCGGAGACUCAGAGGUACUACGCGUUGAAGAUGCUGACCACCGGGCAAACCCAAGGGCUUUGCUUGAAGAUAUUGCUGGAGGAACAGGGUUCAAACGGUUCUACGUGCAGCUCGGUCCUGAGGCUGGGGUUUGGAAGGUCUACAAGGUUGUGGCAUAGGAGUGACGAGGGCGUCACGACUCUAGGGGGGGUAGUAUGUGCCGGGGGCACUGCGAAACCCCGGAUCUCCCAUAUUUCC